GGACUCUCUUCCGGUUCAACAUGGCGGCAUCCAUGGCUUGUAAGGCUGUAGUGAGAGGACUCCGAGGAGCAAGUACAAAACAUCUGUUUGUGAACAGAAAUAAGUUGGCGAGGGUGAGCCCCAGAAGAUGGCUGAACCUGCAGGAGUACCAGAGCAAGAAGCUCAUGCAGGACAGUGGCGUGGCCGUGCAGCAGUUCUUGGUGGCUGACACCGCUUCUGAAGCCCUGGAAGCUGCCCGGAGACUCAAAGCGAAGGAAAUUGUCCUGAAAGCUCAAAUUUUAGCAGGAGGAAGAGGCAAAGGAGUGUUUGACAGCGGCCUGAAGGGAGGAGUGCAUUUAACAAAAGACCCUGCUGUUGUCGGAGAGCUGGCUAGUAAGAUGCUCGGCUACAAUCUGACCACCAAACAGACCCCUAAAGAAGGAGUGAAAGUAAAAACGGUGAUGGUUGCAGAAGCUCUGGAUAUCUCCAGGGAAACCUACUUUGCCAUCCUGAUGGACCGUUCCUGUAAUGGACCCGUGAUGGUGGGCAGCCCUCAAGGUGGAGUUGACAUUGAGAAAGUGGCUGCCAGCACGCCAGAGCUCAUCUUCAAGGAAGUCAUCGAUAUAUUUGAAGGAGUUCGAGAUGACCAGGCACUACGCAUGGCAACUAAUUUGGGAUUCAAGGGACCAUUGGAGAGACAGGCUGCAGAUCAGAUUAAGCGACUGUAUGAUCUGUUCCUCAAAGUCGACGCCACUCAAGUCGAAGUCAAUCCGCUUGGAGAAACACCUGAGGGACAAGUUGUUUGCUUCGAUGCUAAAAUCAACUUUGAUGACAACGCAGAGUUUAGGCAGAAAGCAGUGUUUGCCAUGGACGACACAGCAGAGAGCGACCCCACGGAGACCGAGGCAGCCAAAUAUGACCUCAAGUACAUUGGAUUGGAUGGAAACAUUGCUUGUUUUGUUAAUGGUGCUGGGCUUGCUAUGGCAACGUGUGACAUCAUUGACCUGCAUGGCGGAAAGCCUGCUAACUUCCUGGACUUGGGUGGAGGUGUAAAGGAGAAUCAGGUGUAUGCAGCCUUCAAACUGCUCACCGCUGAUCCUAAGGUAGAGGCCAUCUUGGUGAACAUCUUCGGAGGGAUUGUCAACUGCGCUAUUAUUGCUAACGGCAUCACCAAGGCGUGCAAAGAACUGGAGCUCAAGGUUCCUCUGGUGGUCAGGCUUGAGGGGACCAACGUUCAGGAGGCAAAGCGUAUUCUGUCUGAGAGCGGCCUGCCCAUCACCUCCGCCAGUGACCUGGACGAUGCAGCCAAGAAAGCCGUCGCAGCCAUUGCCAGGAAGUAAAUUCGUACACACAGGCAAAAUAAACACCGCUCAUACACCAGAGAGCCGUGGCCAGCAUCGCAGAGAGAGCCUUGCACACUUUAUUCACCCCGAGAAAUUCACGACACACUGGGUGGAAGCCACUUUUAUCCCCUGCUUUCUGAACCAUAGUUACAUACCAGCCUUGAAGAUUUCUUUUUUGAAGGACAGUUCUGUGUUUAAGACUCGAAUCUUAUUUAAAAUAUUGCUAUUCUAAAAAUAUAUAUUUUUAAAGGGAUAGUUCACCCAAAAAUUACUCACUCUCUAGUUGUUCCAAACCUGUAUACAUUUCUUUGUUCUGAUGAACACAGAGAAAGAUAUUUGGAAGAAUGCUUGUAACCAAACAGUUCUUGGACCCCAUUGACUACCAUAGUAGGAAAAAUUACAAUGGUAGUCAAAAGUGCCCCAAAACUGUUUGCCGUCCUACAUUCUUCAAAAUAUCUUAUUUUGUGUUCAACAGAACAAAAAAAAAUGAUAACGUAAUUUUUCCUAUACUACGGUAGUCAGUGGGGUCCCAGAACUGUCACUGUUUGGUUACAAGCAUUCUUCGAAAUAUCUUACUCUGUGUUCAUCAGAACAAAGACAUUUAUACAGAUUUGGAACAACUCGAGGGUGAGUAAACGAUGACAGAAUUUUUAUUUUUGAGUAAACUAUCCUUUUAAUAAGCCACUAUAAUGAGUCUCGAAUAUGCAACUGUCUCAGAAAUCAUGGUGCAUCACCCACAUUUCAUUUCUUGCCUUACUUUAAGCCUUUUUAUUGAAACUUUCAUUUAUUGAUCGCAAGAAUGGAUAUACUUUUACAAAGUAAAACAUUAAAAUCAAAGUUCAAAAGCAUUCCGUAUUAAAGCUGUAAAUCUGUAUCACCUUGCGUUAACUGUAUACCAUCACAAUGUCAUGUGGUGCAGUGGAAUAGUCUUGUUAAUUUUUUUCAUGUGAUUGAAACUGUGAAAUGUUUCAAAUCCCUUAUUGAUUUGUUAAUCUCCAUAUGAUAUCGCCACCCCAAUCUGAGUUUGUUGUGUUUGUAUGGGUGUGAUAAGUGAGGCGACCUGACGAGAGAUCUGUUUUUUAACUAGGUAAACUGUCACGGUAUGGUUUGCAAUAUUUCUGCCUUAAUAUCCGUUAUUGAACACUUAAUGCAAUAUUCCUGAUCGCACGCCAAAAUUCAGUGAUACCCAAAUGCAUUGCAAUGCAUAUAUCACUGCCGAUUUGUUAAGAGUUUUUACAAUAAUGUACAUGAAAGCAUUUAUGACAGUAUAUGGUUUUUAUUGUGCCUGUGUCAUGAAGAGGUUUUAAAAGCUACAAAUUCCAUCAAUGAAUGAUAUGAUGUUUCUUUAUUAUUAAAAAACAAUUAAUAAGUGUAAUUACCUUUCUUUUUGUAAUCAUGAAUGUUUUUUCAAAGUCAGUGAAUAUUAAAGUGAAAAUAAAUCAUA